CAAUUUAUCAUCCCUAAUGACGAGCGCGUCUCUUUUUUCUGAUUUAAAAUAAUUGAAAAACGUAAAUUUCGCUCUGUCAGCCAAAUAAAAUUGUGAUAAAAAUAUUCAAAUACAUUCCAAAUAAGCGGAAAAACGCAGAAAACAUACAACGAAAUAGUUACAGAGAAGCGAAAGAGCAACGAUCGAGAGGAAGGCCGCUUUCACCCCGGAACUCGGAAGAAGACGCCGAAAAAUUCGCACAUCGCAUCCCUUGCUUGCAGGCAUUGCCGCCGCAUUCCAGAACACACAUCACAUCCAAUUCAAGGUCAAGUGCGCGUCUCAGCAGGAAUACGACACAAUAGAAAAAUGAGCAAAGAUAUUUAUUAUUCGGAUAAAUAUUACGAUGAGAAAUUCGAGUAUAGACAUGUGGUCUUGCCCAAGGAGCUCGUCAAACUGGUGCCCAAGACCCAUCUGAUGACGGAGACCGAAUGGCGAUCGAUUGGUGUGCAGCAGUCGCGCGGAUGGAUCCACUAUAUGAUCCACAAGCCAGAGCCCCAUAUUCUGCUCUUUCGACGGCCCAAAAUGGAGGAUUAAAUACAGGAGGAGAAAAACACACACACACACACUUACCAGCACACACAGUUGGUAGCGCCUUGACAGGGGAAGGAGGCAACUCACACACACAGACGCACACACACAUACACGACGUCCGGCAGCUGCUGCUUGGUGGUGGAUGUGGAACCAACUGUUGCCGAUGGUCUCCUGGCAGCGCUACCAUACACUACACUACACUACACUCUCUCGUAUAAUUCUUUUAACAAAUAUUUAUACUCCUCUGUAGCCCCUACCUGCGCGUACUCCUAGCCCAUAGAAUACGUACACCUAAGUGGCCAUAUUUUCAUCACGUUUUAUACCUUUGUAGCAUAUAGAGGACAGGGAUAGUGGAGCACCAGCUAUACCUCUAUUUAUACUUCCUUUGUUCAACGCGUUCGGUAGUCCAGGAAGUUCUUUUCACCCACAAUGUUAACCCAUAGAUGAUAUGUACACCUAAGUGGCCAUAUUUUGUAUCACCUCUUUGCCAUUGGGCAAGUCUGUUGCCUUCAAUUUUAAAUCACUUAAUGGGCGCGAGGAAUAGUGAAACAUUGGAUAUAGGUUCCCACAUUCCUCUCUCCCUCUCUCUCUCUGUGCACAUUCGUAUGCAUUAUAUUGCCAUUAAUUGUGUUGCCAUUUUGCAGUACCGUCGGAUACGAAAAAACCACAACGCUCGCUCACAUUUAAUCUUAAAAGAAAAUCUGAUUUGUGAUCUUGAAAUUUUUUAUCAAUAAUAAUAAUACAUAUAUAUGUUUACACAUAAUACUUAUAAACUUGUAAUAAAUAUGUUUAAUGUAUGGAGA